GCGCAUAGCAGCAUACUCCUGUUUUCAAAAACCAGGAAACAAAAAAUUUAAUCAUACUAAGAAGCCACACACACUAUUGAGAAGAAUGGCUUCCCAAAGGUAGUAACUAUAGAAUGCCCAUAAAAAUAACCACUUAUCAAGACUGACAGAAACUACAUGAAGCCUCGACCGAAUAGCAACAGCUCCCCGAGACAAGCUGAGAAAUUAUUAGAAUUUCUGGAGCAACAUCACAGACAACACUCAUCUAUGCACCAAGUAAACGAUUAGGCACUGAUCAUUGUCCCCGGCGUUCGUGGAAACAGCUAUUCAAAGCCUGUGAGAGUAAAACACUCCUAAAGAAUCUUCCUCGGAACGACAGCCUGCAGUUUACACGGCCAAGAGAUCCUGGAACCACCAGCCAGCCCGAUUCCCGAUUCCGCUCUCCUCGGCCGCAUCACUGACUGAUUUCUCUUCUUCCUUUUCCCUUCUUGCGCCCAUUUAUUCCGCCCAAAUCAGCAGAGAGGCGGAGCUCAACAAGCGCAGAUCCCGAAAUACAUUAUCAUUCAAUGUUGAAACGAGUUAGGAAGUCCGUCACUACGACUGCAACAGAACAGCAUAAAUGGCAGCAAGGAAGCAGACGCAUGCACCAGCAUAUGCAUGCUGGUGUUCACAGGAAAAGGGGGAGGAAGCGGGAGAGGGAGAGGGAGAGGGAGAGGGAGAGGGAGAGGGAGAGGGAGAGGGAGAGACAUGCCAACAGACACAUACAGACGGAAGGAAUGGAAGACAGACAGAGCAGCAGAAGGACAGAGGGAAGCUGCGGACAGGGAGUGGGAGCAGGAGCAGGAGGGGGAGAGGGCGAGGGAGAGGGAGAGACGGACGGACAGACACAGACAGACAGGCAGACAGACAGAGCUGCGUAAGGACAAAGACAAGCCGACAGAGGAUGGAGGGACUGACUAGGAGGAAGACCAACAGCGAGUGGCAAAAAAAAAAAAAACAAUUACUUGUGAAUGCAAGCAGAAGAAAUAAAAAAAAAGCACCUGCAAAAAUGAAAGGGCAGGGAAGAAGAAAAAUAACAACAAUUCUCUCUCAGGAAAUCAGAUGGACUAAAAAGACCACCAGGAAAACAAAAAGCUCACCGCCGCAAACGGCUUGUGGAUCAGGGCGGGACUAAUGGGAUCGUCAGCUCCGUCCCUGACAGAAGAGCUGAGUUCUAGACAUCAGUCAGCAAUCCAGUUAUGAAGUUUUGAUAUUAUGCCUAAAAAGGAAAGAACAGAGUACGGUAAUACUUUCCACCAGAAACAGAACACUAAAAUUAGAAAACUGCACAGAGAGAGAAGCUCAGUGUACAUCAUAGGGUCCUUCGCAAGGUCAGCGACAUUGCAGAAAAAGAGAAAGAACUUGCCAGGAGUUUAGAUUGGCCACAUGGCUUUUCGUGAAGCCAAGGGAGGGUUGGGGGGUUACAGGGGGGGAAUGCCAAAGUCAAAUUAUUGGAGAUGCAAUUAUGGUUGACAUCUACAACAUCAAGGAUCGGUAAGAGAGGAAAUCGGCAGAAGGCAGGAAAGCGCAGACGAUCAUAUUUUGGUAGGCAGCCACCUCUCUCAGUGCCUACCCUGGCUCCUUUCAUCUUAUUUGGUAGGCUACUAGGCAUCCAUUGCUGGGUUGCCUGCACUUAGCCCAGAUUACACUUCUGUGCAUCUGUACAUCCACGAGAAUCAUGGCCCGUUCUUUUCCAUCUCGACAGAAACUUCAGAAAAUGCCCAAAUGUCCACUUUCACAAUAUCUCCUGGGAAACCCAGACAUGCGUGAGCGGACUCCGGGGCACCCGAAAAAGCAUUCUCAUAAUGGUCAGGAUUUCUUCUUCCUCUCCAAACUUUAAGAGCGGCAGCUUUGGCGAUUUUUCACGGCCAGAAGAAUUCACAGAAAAUUCUGAAAAUUUGAGCAUUGGUAGAUUAGGUUGUGAUCUUUCCAGGAAAAAUAUCAGAAUAAAUAAAUAAAUAAAAUCGUUUUGACCGUGACAUGUUCCAGUUUCGCCACAGCGUCGUUUGUAGGCGAACGGGAAAAGUCGUCCAACUUCUGCGUUUUUUCCCGGUCCAAGGAAUGCGUCAACGACUCUGAAAAUUGGAGGGUCUGUAGAUUUGCCCGCGCCGAUUCGUUGCAUGUUCCAGUUUCGCGACAGCGUCGUUCGUAGGCCAACGGGAAAAGUAGUCCAGCUUCUGCGAUUUUUCCCGCCCCAAGGAAUGUGUCAAAGACUCUGAAAAUUGGAGGGUCUGUAGAUUUGCUCGUGACCUGUCCAGGAAAAAUAUUUAAGAAGAACAGGCCCGCGGACGCGAAGAGCGGACUCCAGGCACAGUUCCAUGGGCAACCAUUUCUUCUUCCUCUCCAGUGAGCCAACCAGUUCACAUCAUCCUCGUCAAACAAAUAUGCACAAAACUCACCAUCAUCUUCGUUCCCACCGUCUCUGCGGGACAAGUGGUCACAAUUGUCGUUGCCGCUGCUUGACGAGUGAGACCCUUUCCGCUUCACUCUACCAGCCAGCCACACAAUCGAUCUCCUUCAACUUCCAUUGUAUCCACCUCAGAUUCACAGUAACUAAGUUAUCCUUCAGACUUGAUCUGAAUCUCCAUGAGAGCCACCACAUCUCCGCCGCGCCUUUGAAC